UUCUUAGCUGGCAUACCACUGGCACUAAAAAAACGCAUAAAACAAGAUGUUCCAUAUUGUGGUCAUGACGAGAACGAGAAAACUGUAGGAUAUCCUUGUACACCAAGGUAUCAAAGGAUAAAGGACAACAUCCGGAAACUAGCCUAAGAUGAAGAAGAGGAGCGGUCUACGCUUAUGUACCUUCGGAACUGCCAGGCAGAGGAGAUGGUGGGGUCUGAGGACCAGCUGGAUUUACAUUUAUGUUGCAUUUACAUUUACAUGGAGGAUGUCAGGGCUGUUUAACAUCAACCAGGAACAUGACUUCUACAGCCUCACCUGUCUUAUGAAAGAGGGCCUGCAUGCUGUCCUACUGACCAGCAAUGACACCCCAAGAGCCCUACCUGAAGAACUUUCUGCUGAACAUUACAAAUCGGUGGAGACUCAGGUCCACAAGGACCUUGAGAUGCGGACGUUUGCAGGCCUGGUGUUUGCCAGCCUGCGGCGCUCUCUGGACAUAACAGAGGAAGAUUACCAGAGGUCCCUCUCUUCUGAAGGAUGUUAUGUACAGUUCAUCAGCAACUCCAAGAGCAAAGCUGACUUCUUUCUCACGAAUGACAAGAGGUUCUUCCUGAAGACACAGAAUAUGCGAGAGGUUACAUUUUUUCUAUCCAACCUGAAGGCAUAUAUGGAUCACUUGAAAAGAUACCCGCACUCACUGAUGGUCAGGUUCCUGGGUCUCUAUAGCAUCCAAAUACCAAAUAAAACAAAGACGUAUUUCAUUGUAAUGCAGAACGUGUUUUACCCGGAUGAGAAGAUAAAUACCAGAUAUGACAUCAAGGGCUGUGAGGUGGGUAGGUGGACUGACCCUGCAUCUACAGUUACUAAUAUUCUGAAGGAUAACAACUUUGAAGGAAAGCAUAUUAUACUUGAUCAGCAGCGAUCCUGGCUUGUAGAUCAGGUUGAAAUAGACUCUGCAUUCCUCCGUAGCCUCAAUGUACUUGACUACAGUAUCCUACUGGCUCAUCAACCCCUGCAUCAACAUGAGCUGGACAGAAAGCACUCCUUUAGUAACCAGACUAUGGCUACUGCAAACCCCAAACUGAAAGAUCCCUCAACUAUUCCUUUGGAGGUGGACUCAGCUCAACAGGCCUCAGAUGCAAUGAACAGGGGGUCAGACCAAAUGCUGGACAAAAAAGGGCAUUUUGGCCAAGGAAUCCCUCUCCGGGCGAUAAACCGGUGCUCUGUAAACGGUACAAAACUCUGGGAUUUCCAAGCUAAUCACCGUAGGCUUCCUAAUUUCUCAAACUCAGUCCAUGUCAUAGAUGGGCCAAAGCUGCGCUAUUUUGUUGGUAUUGUGGACUUCUUCACUGUGUACGGUGUGAAGAAAAGGCAGGAGAACUUGUGGAAGAGUCUACGCUUUCCAGGCCGGGCCUUCUCCACUGUCAGCCCAGCAACCUACUCCCAGAGGUUCUGCCAAUGGGUUAGGGACCACACCAAAUAAGACCAGACACUGGGAGAUAGAGACACAAAGACUAUUUAAAUAAACAUAAGGACAGUAUAUUUGAGGGCAUUUUAUGUCAUAUUUAUAGUGAACAGAAGGUGACACCACAGCUUCGGUUGUAGUCCAUUAAAUGUUGUUCACUAAGUACACCCCCAUAAAUGUUUUUUUUCUUCCAAAAAAGUUGAAAAGGAAUGUUUU